CAAUUCGUCAAGCGCAUUGGAGUCGAAAAAUUUUGGCCUAUAUUGGAUUCGAUCUGCGCCAUGACUAGAGCGAAAGGGAUCAAGGUUUUAUUUUUUCUACUCAUUCAAUUUAUAGCAUCGUACGCAGAAAAAAUUAUUAAAAUAGCUCCUAUUGUGGAUCCUGCAGUUGCACAGGCUGGUACUGGUAAUACCAGGGAAUAUAUCCUUAAAAUGAAGGACGAAAUUCAAGAAAUUGUUGGAAAUCAAAUCAAAAUAGAAUUCGCAGAUGAGCUGGAGUAUAGGAAUUUAGCGCAUCUUCUUUCCGUAUACACAGAGAAAGUUGACGAGAUUUCGGCCAUUUUAAGUGUGACAACCUGUUCAAAAUACAAGGAAGAUCUAGAGCUAAUGAGAAGCGAGCUUUCUUCUGCUUUACUGUUAGCCAUUUUAGACCGAGGCUGUGCUAGGCCUACUCCUGACCUAGGAGUUGGAGCUCCGUUUCUGCGGUUUAUGCAAGAUAUAGUGCCCUUUCUUGUGGAUGCUAGAAGUGACAACAGAGUAUUGGAAAAAUGGAAUGAUAUCAUAAUUCUCCAUGACGAUAUUAUAGAUCUGAACUCUUUAGAGGCAAUUGUCUCCAUGCUGCAAACUACAGGUAUAAAAAAGCGGUCCACCAGGAUCACGAUCUAUGAUAUAUGUCUGGAACAAAUCUGUAAAGACAUUACAGCAGUCAUAAAGGAUUCCCUGUCACCAUAUGCAGCUUUAGAUUUUCACAAGUAUUUUUUGAUACUGGCGAAAGUGAAAUCACUCAAGAAAGUUGUCGAACAGGCGAAGAAAUUACGUAUGAUGGAUGGAGAAAGAUACUGGCUUCUUGUUACACCAGAGACAAUAAGAGAAGAUGAUUUAGUAUCCACUGCGAACAAUUUGCCUUCAGAAGCAAACGUAGCUAUAGUUUACCCGAAGAAGAAAGAAAACAAGGAAAAAGACUGCAUAGGCCCUUUAGGGUGUCAAGUGUCUGUGAUUCUCAAAGCAUAUGCCAAGAGUAUAAGAAGUUUGGUGGAAAAAGGAAUAUACGAGUUGGAUUCCAAUGACACCGAAUCAAUGAAAAAAGAAAAACUACGGCAAAAUAUAUUGGCAUUUGUGGACAUGGAAGAUGAAUGCGGAGGUUGUGUGGAGCUAACAAUAAAAACCACAGCUUAUUUAGUACCAAAUAAGGACGUAGCCCUUUCUCUUGAUGAUUAUGCGACAGUUGGGACAUGGAAACUUUUUCGUGGCCUGAGAAUGAACGGAGAUUUGUUUCCACUCACGACAGGCAAUUUUCGUGGUAAAAAAAUAAAAAUCGGAAUUGUAAAUGGAGCACCUGGAGCAGUUAUUACCAAACGGUCAGAUGGUAACGGAUACAAUUUUAGAGGUUUGGUUGUGGAUUUCGUCAGAGCUGUGUCAAAAGAAAUGAACUUCACAUACGAAUUUGUCAUUCCAGCUGAUGAACAAUAUGGUAUUCGGCUACAGAAUGGAAAAUGGACAGGAAUGAUUGCUCAAAUCAUCAAUGGGGAAGUAGAUUUUGCUGCACAGACCUUCAUCCUAACUCCAGAGAGACUAGGAGUCGUUAAUUUUACAGGAGCUGUGGAUGAAUCAUCUUAUGCGUUACUAACAAAACGACCACAACAAGAACAUAAGUACCUUUUUCUUGCUCCAUUUACAAAUGAUACGUGGAUCUGCUUAUUUGUAACUGUCGCUCUUAUUGGACCGAUUCUGUACUUAAUUCACAAAGGAAGCAGCUACUAUGAGCACUAUGAUCUGGUGGAAGACAAAGGAUUAUUUCGACUCUCAAAUUGUGCUUGGUAUGCAUUUGGUGCUAUUGUUCAGCAAGGAGGAGUACAUCUUCCAGCAGCAAUAUCUGGUAGAAUACUGGUUGGGUUUUGGUGGAUAUUUGUAAUAGUGACUGUGGCAACUUAUAGUGGCAAUCUUGUGGCUGUUCUUACUUUUCCAAAAAUAAGAAAUCCAAUAAAUAAUCUUGAAGAUGUUUUAGCUCACAAAUCAGAAGUAAAAUGGGGCACUUAUGAUGGCGAGGCUCUCAUUGAGCAACUGAAAAGUUCUUCAUCAAAUACCUUCAAGGAAAUAAGCAAAGGCUUAAUGGUUUUUGGUCUCAAGCAAACAUCCUCGUUACUGGAAGAUGUAGAAGCUGGAAAUCUCGUCUUCAUAGCACCACGAACUAUACUUCAAACGAUCAUAGGCGAAACUUACAAUGAGACAGGCCAGUGUCCAUAUGCGAUUGGGUCAGAAAAUGUCUACACAGAAAGAGUUGCUUUAGCUGUUCCACAAAAUUGGCCUUAUCUCCACUUUAUGAAUAAAGAGAUUUCUCGAUUAUUUGAAAGUGGAAUCUUUAUUAAGUGGAGAAAGGAUGCUUUACCUCCAGAUAAUGAAUGCACCACAAAAUCCAAGCCCCAAGCAGGAGACACAAGAAAAAUUAAUUUAUCCCAAAUGGUUGGUUCUUUCUACAUACUAAUGUUUGGACUUUCCGGAGCACUUGCCGCUCUGCUUUUUGAAUGUCUCUACCUCAGAUCUCGAAACAAAGGACGUCUUCCGAAUAACUUUAAAGGCUUGCAUUUGAAACAAACGAAGCUUCUUGAUUAUAUACUGAACAUGGGUUCUUUGAAGAUGGAUCAACAAAAAAUGUUUGUACAAGCCAAAAUGUAUCCAAACCAGAAACAGAAGAAAAGGAAAGUCCGUCAAAACAAAAAAAGAAGGCGUUCUAAGACUUUUCAUGAAACAGAUAAUACAGGUUACAUGAAAGAAGAAAUGGAUAACCAACGUAAUAUAGCGCUUACAGAGAAUUUUAUGCAUUAUGAUCAGUAUGGAAGGAGAAAUAUUUACAAUGACAGUGAAGAACAACCAAGAACAAAGUUUGGCGGUGAAUACGCUUCAUCCAGAUCAUUCGCUAUAAGGAGAAGUUACGAUAACCCUAACUAUAAAACUCAGUUUUCUGAGGAAGACGUAAAACCAGCGUCAUCAGAUCAUCGCUUGUCAUUUGAUCCCCGAGGAGGCUACGAAGGCCAAAACAGAGGGUAUUACUCAAGAACAGAGGAUUCAUAUUUUACAUAUGGAAGAGGUGAUUAUAGAAGAUAUUAAGCCUAAUCUGCGUCGAGAAUGAGAACAAAAGAACUUCAGCCAUUCAGAUUGUAAAAAAUAAAUCUAAAUUUUCAAUGUGAUUCAUUUAAAAAAUCUUAUAACUAUUUUGUAAUAUUCAAAAUAUUUAUGCAAUGCAAAUUAGUGAAUCUUAAGGAAAUCAGAACACUUCAUAAAUGGAUUUCAAGUGAUCAAAAAGUUUUUAAAUUGCUCUGUAACACUACAUUUUGAGAAAUUGUUUUAAGAAUGUUCUGUAACAUUAAAUAUUUCAUUUUCUUAAUUAUA